UGAAUCACUCGUGAUUCGUGAUUUUUCGUGAUCGCUUCUGAUCCGUGAACAACAUAACCGUUCCUUGCACGCGUUGUUAGAAUUUUCAGCCUAAAUGUAAAUGCACCGUAAUGAAAAACACCCUAACCUGUAUAUUCUACAUAUAUUCUACACAAGUAUGUAAUUAACGUCAUCAAAACAAAAAUGCGAAUUACCUACACCGCAUAAAAUAAAGUAAAGUAAAGAAAAUAGUAAAUAGUAAAUAGAGGAAUGCUUUAAUGAGGAUCAGUGAAGAGUAAUGAAUAUAAGACAAUAUAUAAUUAUAAUUAUAAUUACACGUCUAUAAUUAUAUAAUUAUAAUUAUGAAUUAAAAGUCUUAGUUUAGUUGUAAGUGUCUUUAGACUUUUACAAAAUGUAACACUGUUAGAAAAUAAUAUAAUUAAUACAUGAAACAUAAUACGAAUACUAUAAAUAAAAUACAAAGAACAAAAUAACAAUGGAAUGAAAUAUAUAUAAUAAGAAAUAAGUAACUAUGUAUUGCUGUUCGAGAAUAAUAGCAUAGAUCAUUUCUCUGCUUGCAAUCUGUUUCUUUUUUUCGUUAAAAGUAAUCCUGCUUUAGAAAAUAUUCUUUCGCAUGGGACUGAAGUAGCCACCACACAAAAUAAAUGAUCUACUAAUUUACUUAAUAAAGGAAAUUGAAAUUGAUAUUAUAUGCGGAUUUUUUGUGCAAACUAUUAGGUCGUCCCAUGAGUUCGUGUCGAAGACUGUGUCGAAAUUUAAUAAAAAACCACAGAAAUUUGCUAGUAACGGUAUAAUGACUAUGUGAGAGAGGUGAGAAACUAUUGUGAAAUGAGACAGAUUAUCUUUUCUUGUGACACUUAAGAGUAUGUUCAACAUAUUAAUUUGAGAAAUAGAAGUAUAAAUGGCACGAACUUUUAGGACGACCUAAUAUGUAUAUUGAAACAUUUUAUAAAAAGUAAUUUAAUUAAGAUCGAGAAUUGUGAUCACGCAAUUCUAGCAAUAUAAAAGAACCACGAUCACGUUCGCGAAUGAAAUUAAAUCACCAUCGUGAUCGUGACUUUGCGAUCACUGUGAUAAAUAACGGUUAGUGAUUGUGCACCCCAUCUCUAUCGAUAAGAAGUAGCGUCGAUAGUAUCGAUACGUCACCAGUUCACCAUGCACCUGAAUGUAGAUGCAUAACACGUCUUAUAGAGAGUGUCAGACUAUUUAUUAAGCCCACCGCUGCUGCGUAACACACUGCAUGCACGAACCACGUGGUGACUACGACGCAUGCGCGGCACGUGCGUGUAUGCCUAACCUCACUUGUAUUAACUUGUGCAACAUCGCGAGUAAUGCCGAUAUGCAUCCAGUUCCGUAACUAUUCUAGUAAACGGUCGCACGUAAAUCCUGUACACCUCUGGAUUUCUCUGUGUACCGAUCGCGCCUAGUCCGACAGAAUACGAGUUUCUUAGCGUUCCCGAGUACGUGGAGGGGAUUGCACAUUGUAGUUUGCGUAUCGGGGGGUAGCAGAGUCUUUUCAAUUCCAAUACGGUUCCAUUAAGAUUCGAUCAACGUGUACGAUUACGUCUCGUCAUUUCGAACGAACGAACGAACGAACGAACGUUCGCUAGCGAUUACGUUUAGAAUCGGACAGUCGUUUCUAUCGUGAAGUAAAUGCUGCUACACCAGCGGUAACUCUCGGCAUUUCGGUCGCAGACCGAAAAACCGUGCGUCCGUCCGCUCGUCUUACGGCGGAGUGCAUAACAAGUGCGCACUUUAAAGUCUGUGAACUGGAAUUCGCGUUGACGCCUCGCGAAAACCAUGAAUACGGAAGUAUACGAAACUCUGCCCACGUCUUCCGUGUUCGUGCACAUGACAGCAGGUGCAUUCGCCGGAAUUAUGGAACAUUGUGUGAUGUACCCGCUUGACAGUGUCAAGACAAGAAUGCAGGCAUUGACUCCAGGUCCAAGUGCCGGAGGAGGAAUGGGAGAAGUCUGGACUAGAAUGAUACGACAGGAAGGUUUUUUGAGACCGAUUCGUGGUAUGAGUGCAAUGGUUGUGGGAGCUGGUCCUGCUCACGCAUUAUAUUUUUCAUGCUAUGAAUUCAUUAAAAAUAAGCUGUUGAGUUCGAGAAAUCACAAUGAAUUUAAUUUGACGGUGUAUGGAACCGCUGGUUGUAUAGCAACGCUUCUUCACGAUGGUGUGAUGAAUCCAGCAGAAGUGGUUAAACAGCGAUUACAAAUGUAUAACUCCCCAUAUCGAAAUGUCAUGACAUGUAUAAAGAGUAUAUAUAAAACUGAAGGUUUAUAUGCAUUCUAUAGAAGUUAUACGACUCAGCUGGCUAUGAAUGUACCUUUUCAAAUGAUUCACUUCAUGACUUAUGAAGUGUCGCAAAUCUUCACAAACCCAAGACACAUGUAUAAUCCUCCAGCACACAUAGUAUCUGGUGCAUUAGCAGGAGCUGUUGCUGCUGCAAUCACGACACCUUUAGAUGUUUGUAAGACGCUUUUAAAUACCCAAAACGGUGUACAUGCUCAAGGUAUGAUAGAUGCUUUUAGGAAAGUCUAUGCAUACGGCGGGGCACGCGGUUACUUCCGUGGUUUAAAUGCCCGCGUUAUUUACCAAAUGCCAGCAACCACUAUUUGUUGGUCGACAUACGAAUUUUUCAAAUACGUGUUACACGAGAAACAAGACGAUGCUUAUUGUGGACCAGAAGUUGACAAUGAGGCAAUUGGUACAAAUCAGAAUCAGGCUGCCCUGUCUAGGUCUAGUCGCUUUCAAGACGUAAGCGUAUACCUUAAUAAAAAUUCCCCGACCUCAGUGUUACUCGAUGUGACUACAAGUUAGGUAUAUCUAAAUUGUUCAACGUCGCUUUUACACCGGAACACUGUUGGAUGAAGAAUAAGCGUCCGUUUUUCGUAUUUCAAGAGUUUAUCGACGAAGAGUGAUAUUUUGUUAAUUCAUCUGUUAUUGUGGUAUUAUUACAUGUGUAUAAUAAUUCAUAAAGAAUAAGUACAUUCAAUUAAAAAUCCACGCCUGAGCCAAGUGCAGGACGCAGGCUCUCUAGUAUGAAAGAGGCAUCAGAAAAUUUCGUAAGUUACUUCCUAAUAUGUGACUAUUUUAAAUAACAUUUUCCAAUCGUAAUGAAAUAAUUGCAUUUUCUUGCGCAAAAAGUAAAACAAAUGAUACGAUAAUCGCGACAUCGACAACAGAAACAAAUUGAACACUAUGAAUUGACUGAUAAAUACGAAGCAAAGAAUUAGAUAACAAGUAUUUUAUUUCAUUUUGUAUUAUAACAUUAUGAAACAUUACCAAAUAUUCUAUUAGACAAACUAUCUACUGGUGUCAUACAUUACUUUGGAAGAAGCAACAAAAUUGAAAUCAACAAUUAGCUAUAAUACUCCGAAGGAGAAAUAUUCAUUAAUACUAGUAUUGCCAACUGUUGUCCAACACGUUGAAAUUUAUUACUUUAUGACUACAAUACAUAACAAAAACACCACAAAAUUAUUUGUAAAUCACAUUCAAUUUAUUUAUGAAAAAAUUAUGUAUUUUUGUUAUAAAGUAACUUAUAUGUUAGCCUACUUGUGUGAACCUAUCUCUGACACUCAUAAAUUAUUUAAUGUAUACAAAAAUAUCGAAACGUAACAAUAAUUGUCCAUUAGGGUGAGUCGUAUUUAAUUUUGAAUCAAAUAAAUAUAUACGUAUUUUGUACAAAAAGAGAACUGUUAAGAGUAUUUCACUUCAGUACAGCAAAGUUAUAUCUAACAAGUUACAAAUGAAAAAAAACUAAUACGAGCAUUUGUUUGAAAACGUUAGGUUUGAUAGACAUGCUCUGCUUAAAUAAUAAACUAGAUUAUAUAUAUUCAACAUUGUACCAUACGCUUAGGUUUAAAAGAAAACAGUGGGAUGCAUGGAAAAAUUUAACGAUAACUUGUAUAUAGCAUAAUUAAGUCAGCACAAUUGAAAGAUAAUCUCUGACUUACGGAUUCACAUUUAAAAAAAAAAAUUCUCAUUUGCUUCAAAUAAAAAUGUAAAAUUUUAGUAUUUGAUAUUUAUAUAAAAUAUAGCGCACGUUCUAAGUUUAGAGAAAAACGUAAGUUUACUAAGGUAAUACAUCGGAUUUCGAAACGAAUCUCUAGAUAAGUUUUGCGUGAGAAGGAAAAUGUUUAGAUUAAUGCGAAGGAGAAAUUGUUUACUAUAGUAGCAGUCUAGAUCAACUGCGAACGGUGUAAAGUAAUUAUUUUUGUAGAGCAAUAUAGAUAAGUUAAUGUUACUUGAGUAUGUACAGUAUGAAAGAACAGACUAGGAAGGAAACGGCAAUGUUAUUGUGCUAUAAGCACAAUUCGUCUUGAUUAUCCAAGUACAAAUUAAUAAUUGCUCCUUAGUCAGUUUGUAAUAUAAACAACAUUGCAUCUACACAUUAUGAUGUACCACAAUAUUGCUUCCUAUGGCUGUGAUUACUGGGUCAUUUGAUGUUGACUUUAAGAGGGAGUAAUAUCACGUGAGAACUCAUAUUUCACGCCAUAUUUAUUUAUUGUUACGGCACCGUAAUACAACUCAUCGAUACGUCAUUGUUUGAUACUAUACAAAAUACGUCGGUGGCCUUUAAGCACGUAAAAAGUAUAUACGAUGUAAACACUUUUUUAGAAAUAUUUUUUUCAUAUACACGUUACGACAAUGUACGUACUAUUUUCUAAAAGGGCAUUCAAAAUUAUUCCUAUGUCGCCAGAUUUGUACCAUUCUUAAAGAAAUUUUUUCGUGAAAUUGGCCAGCUAGAUUCAGUCUGAAUCAUUCAGAUUAUAAUACGGUGUAUCUGUGCACGUACGAUAUACAGAUAAAUACGUAUAAAAUUCACAUGUUCCAAAUAAACAUACGUUCAAAGAAUCAUAUUCGGUGUUCAGCAAACGUUUGCGCGUUUGCAGUCAUUUUUUUAAUUUUAUUAUCGCGCAAAAUUUGUAUGUACACUUUUGUUUUAAGUGUUUAAAUAAAUACUCACUGUGCUUUAGCGAAACGUAA